AUGCUGGAUACGCUGGAUACGCUGGAUACGCUGGAUACGCUGGAUACGCUGGAUACGCUGGAUACGCUGGAUAUACUGGGCACUGGAUACUGGAUACUGGGUUGCUGGGUGCUUGGAUACAACGAUACUGCCGCAAUAAUCUUCCAAGCAUUGUUUAUGCUUACUGUUGAUAAGAGAUAUCAUCCAAGCUUGUUCAAAGCCACUUUCCUACAGGCUUGGGCGCUGGGAUCUGGAAAUGGCAUGUUGCCAUCAACAGCACCUCCUCGCUCCCUUGUGCUGUCCGAGACACCUCGCUUUUCCGUAAGAGGCAUGGCAUACGAUCUAUCGAUCUCCACGCCGGGAUCGAUUAUUCGACCAUGGUAUCUGCACGACCUCUUCCAAAGCGAUGAUUCGAUGUUCAACUCUGUCAAGGCGCCUUCGCUUCACGAGAUCCCUGUCUCCCAACCUCUCUACCUUCCAAGCAGCCAACACCGGAGCAGGCUGCACAGCUAA